AAAGGACCACAUUAAGGACAGAAUGGGGGUGAGGAGGACAGGGCACGCCAAGGAAAAGGUGAAAGUCAAUGCAGCAACAGAUACAUUGAGGAAGCUAAAGAGAGAGAGAGCGAGGGAGUGAUGGGAAAGUAUGUGUGGAGGAAGUAGACACCAGGGGGAGGAGGUUUCAUUCCCCACAGCUCCUCUCACUUUCUCAGGACUUCCCUCCCUGGACACUGCUGCUGAGUGCCUUCUCCACAGAGCCGAACUCUUCCAUAUCUGGAGCUGGAUUUGAACAAACAGUGAAGUGGACUGAAUCGGAUCGGACAACAACGCGAAACCUAUGUUUAACUUUUCUUUUUUUUUGCAAAUAAAUGAAGUAUUUGCUGAAUGGGGUUUUUGUGGACCUAAGGAAUACAAUCUCAUCCGAGAGAAAAACAAACAGCGGAAGAAAAGAUGGACGAGUGGUGAUUAACAACACAUAAGUCAUCUUUAAAAAAAACAUUUUGGACAUUUCUGCUUUGCUCCAAUGGCAAUCUGUUUGACAUUUUUUUAAUUUUCUUCUAUUGUGAGUAGAUGUAACUCAAACUAAAGUCAAAUAGUCCUCAGCUUGCAGAAAAAGUAUGUUUUGAUGCUGAGCUGAGUUGUCAGACUCUGCCAGCAGUCAGCUCAUCUAAUGGGGUUAUUUAAUGAUACCUGCUAAUGUACGCUUACUCCUGUAUAGCAUGGAAGAUGAGAGGUCAUAGGUGUUUUUUAUCUAAUGUUCUGUUUCUCAACAAGUCCGCUGUGCUGGCCUCGACUUUCUCAAGCCUAAUGGGUGCAAAAUCCUGAAAAUGGACACAGAGGCUGCACCGCAUUCUUUGCUUUCCCCAAAGGACGUAUUCCUCUAAAACCAAAAUGUGAUCCCUGAGUGUAAACUAUGACGUGAGGACUGAUAAUAGCUGUUUGGAUUAAGAGGGUGAGCAACAACUUGUGUCUUUAUCAGUCUGAGCUCCUGAGUGCGGGAGCAGGAGAGAAGUGACUGUAAACGUCUCUUUUUAAUGCUCUGUAAUAAAUGGCCGGUGACACAACCCCAGUUUUCCCUCGUGGGUUUAGAGAGGGAGGUUUUCCAUAUAUGUCGCCUUCAAACUAUUCUCCACGUCAGCAUCCGUGUUGACAUUAGAGCAGCCGCCGUCCAGCUCCUUGGCCCUGGUCUCAUGCUGAACGCAAACCCAUGAAGACACCUAUCAACCUGACUGAUCCCUGAUCACCUCUGUCUCAAACACUUGUUGACUUGACUCUCCUGGCCCAGCUUUCCUGGGGGUAGCCCGGGCCUCCUCUCUGUGUCUCCCUGGGACAAGACCGUCUUGUGCAGGCUUGGCCCAUAGUGGGCUCCCCUGUCCUAUAGAGUCAUGGGGAUCCAGGGCAUGGAGCUGUUUGCCAUCGGCGUGGUCAUCAUCCUGUUCAUGGCAGUUCUGAAGCAGUUUGGUAUCUUGGAGCCCAUGUCCUCAUUUGAAGACAGCAGCGACAGCGAUUUGGAGCUGUCGACUGUGCGUCACCAGCCGGAGGGGCUGGACCAGCUGCAGGCUCAGACCAAGUUCACCAGGAAGGAGCUCCAGUCUCUGUAUCGGGGCUUCAAAAAUGAGUGUCCCAGUGGAAUGGUGGAUGAGGAGACGUUCAAGACCAUCUAUUCUCAGUUCUUCCCCCAAGGAGAUGCAACCACCUACGCUCACUUCCUGUUCAACGCAUUCGACAUCGACAGAAACGGGUCGAUCCGCUUUGAGGACUUUGUCAUCGGCCUGUCAGUGUUGCUCAGAGGUUCAGUCACUGAGAAGCUCAACUGGGCCUUUAACCUCUACGACAUUAAUAGGGACGGCUACAUCACCAAAGAGGAGAUGCUGGCCAUCAUGAAGUCCAUCUACGACAUGAUGGGGAGUUACACGUACCCGUGUGUGCGAGAUGAAGCCCCCUAUGAACAUGUCGACAAGUUCUUCCAGAAAAUGGAUAAAAACAGAGACGGCGUGGUGACCAUUGAAGAGUUCAUUGAGACCUGUCAGAAGGACGAGAACAUCAUGAAUUCCAUGCAGCUGUUUGAGAACGUGAUAUAACCAAUGAAGAUGCUCUCAGGUUUUUUUUCCCCAUUUGCUCAAAUGAACACACGUGAACACUGCACCCCACACAGCACACCUCACACUCCACACUGACAUCCCUGCACAUAAUGUAGCCACUGUAAAGAUACACAAACAAGACAUUUUAUUCUAUUCGGACUGCUGCACUCUUUUAGCUGAAUGUUGCUUUUGGGAUAAAAAGGACUGUUGCAGACAGAAGAAGAGCUUCCAGGGUAAAUUCCCAAAUAUCCACAUGAUGUGUUGUUGUGUGUCCAACCAACAGGAAGACACAGAGGUGUUUUCAUUGUCAGAUAAAAAAAAAAUCAAUAAGGAAAAAACAAGCUUAUGGUAAUACACUGACCUCAACAGUAACACACACUCUCACCCCCCCCCCCCCCCCCCCACACACACACACACACACACACCAACCUGCUGUUUCUUUAAGAGUGUGUACAACUGAAUAAAUUACAGAAAGAAAGAGCAGCACAAAAUAAAACCGCAGCAACACAAAAAAGUAGAAAUGAAAAAGCAUGUUUGUCACCAGAUAUGUGAUGUGGAAUUAGCUUGCACUACAGUUUUAUGACUAUGUAUAAUAUGCGCCCAAGGUAAAGGCACUGUAGAUACCUACACCUGAUACACACACAUGGAAACAGUGUGUAUGUAUAUAUGUAUAGUUAAUAGUUCUAUAUCCUACGUUGUAUUGUUCUCAUCUGUGCUGCACUGGGUGAUGAAAUAGGACCAGAACUGAAUAUUUGUGUUACAAAUCUCUGUUAAACUUCUUGUUAUGUAGCAGUUCUACACAAAAUUGUAAUGUAUUAUCAAUAUUUUAUUUUUAUUUUGUAUAAAGGAGAUGACAGAUUAUGUUGAAGUGGUCAUAUUGGGGAAAAAAAGUAAGUCUGUAUAGUACUGUGAAGAAACACCAGGACUGUUAAAGUGUGUGUUCUUAUGCUGCAUUAGGGCUUUAUUUUGACUCUUCAGUAUCUGCGAGCAUGCUGACUCUAAGUGCCACAGUAUUAUGAACAGUACAGUAGGACCUUUGUGAUGUGGAUUAAUUAAAGAUGCUGUCGACAGCU